UAGAGCGUUUUUCGAGCUUCGCUCGCUGAUUGGCUGAGGCAGCUGCCGGAAAGGCCUCAUCCUGGAGAUGGAAGAGCGGAGGCGUUCUGUGGGCUGGGCUGAGAGCCGCCUCCCGGAGACUGCAGCGGCUUGAGACCGGGCGGGAGGGACCGAGCCAGGGAGCUGUCCUGUCCUGCUAAAUCCCGGCACUGCCUCCACCCCGUGGUGGCGGAGACACGGAGGGCGGGUCGCGCUCGAGGGUCAAGGAGGAGAGUGACCCUGCCCGGGUCCAGGGCCCUCCCUAGCCGUCUGGCGGCCAGAACUCCAGCCCUGGGGAGUGGGCAGGGCCUGUGUUCUGUGCCUCACGCCCUGCUUUUCGCCUCCUUUAGUGCUGUCUGCUAGCUGCUUUUCCUGCUCUUUCUCCUGGGAGGCGAAUCCUUGAGCCCGAGAUGGCAGCCACCCUGCUCAUGGCUGGGUCCCAGGCACCGGUGACAUUUGAAGAUAUGGCCAUGUACCUCACUCGGGAAGAAUGGAGACCUCUGGACCCUACGCAAAGGGACCUUUACAGGGAUGUUAUGCAGGAGAAUUAUGGGAAUGUUGUCUCAUUAGAUUUUGAGAUCAGGAGUGAGAACGAGGUGAAUCCAAAGCAAGAGAUUAGUGAAGAUGUAGAACUUGGGACUGCAUCUGAAAGACCUGUUGGGAAUGCAGAGGAAAAUCCUGAAAGUGAAGAGGCCUUUGAAAGCAGGGAUAGAUCAGAAAGACAGUGGGGAGAUUUAACAGCAGAAGAGUGGGUCAGCUAUCCUCUCCAACAAGUCACGGAUCUGCUUGUCCACAAAGAAAUUCACACAGGUAUUCAAUAUCAUAUAUGUUCUCAUUGUGGAAAGGCCUUCAGUCAGAUCUCAGACCUUAAUCGACAUCAGAAAACCCACACUGGAGACAGACCCUAUAAGUGUUAUGAAUGUGGAAAGGGCUUCAGUCGGAGCUCACACCUUAUUCAGCAUCAAAGAACGCACACUGGAGAGAGACCCUAUGACUGUAAUGAGUGUGGGAAAAGUUUUGGAAGAAGUUCUCAUCUCAUCCAGCAUCAAACAAUCCAUACUGGAGAAAAGCCCCACAAAUGUAACGAAUGUGGGAAAAGUUUCUGCCGUCUAUCUCACCUAAUCCAACAUCAAAGGACCCACAGUGGGGAGAAACCCUAUGAGUGUGAGGAGUGUGGGAAAAGCUUCAGCCGGAGCUCUCACCUAGCUCAACACCAGAGGACCCACACAGGUGAGAAGCCUUAUGAGUGUAAUGAAUGUGGGCGAGGUUUCAGUGAGAGAUCUGAUCUCAUCAAACACUAUCGAGUCCACACAGGAGAGAGGCCCUACAAGUGUGAUGAGUGUGGGAAGAAUUUCAGUCAGAACUCUGACCUUGUGCGCCAUCGCAGAGCCCACACAGGAGAAAAGCCGUACCACUGUAAUGAAUGUGGAGAGAAUUUCAGCCGCAUCUCACACUUGGUUCAGCACCAGAGAACCCACACUGGGGAAAAGCCAUAUGAAUGUAACGCUUGUGGGAAAAGCUUCAGCCGGAGUUCUCAUCUCAUCACACACCAGAAAAUUCACACUGGAGAGAAGCCCUAUGAGUGCAAUGAGUGUUGGCGAAGCUUUGGUGAAAGGUCAGAUCUAAUUAAACACCAGAGAACCCACACAGGAGAGAAGCCUUAUGAAUGUGUGCAGUGUGGAAAAGGUUUCACCCAGAGCUCCAACCUCAUCACACAUCAGAGGGUUCACACGGGAGAGAAGCCUUACGAAUGUACUGAAUGCGAAAAGAGUUUCAGCCGGAGCUCAGCUCUUAUUAAACAUAAGAGAGUUCACACUGACUAAGUCCUGUAAUUAUGACUGAGAAACAAUUCAUUUGAAGGUACAAUUUUAUCUGAUAUCAAAGAGCUCUUUUAAGACUGAGUUUCUUAUACCAUACCGAAUUUUCUUGUUGUAGGCCACAGUUUAAAACAUCAAAGAAGACAAGCCAUUUGAAAUUCUGACCCACGGCUUUGGGAAUGUUAGUCCCUCUCCAAAAUAGUGAUUUUUAUUCACUCAAUAUUAAUGAAGUACUUCAUCGAAAUCAGCCCCAUGAGUAACUGGAACUCUGAAGUCUAGAUAAUAAAUGCUGGUAAAUGCUCAGGACUGGAAAUAGAGUAAAUUUUUAAAAGGUAUUUCUCCUUGCCUUAGCUCAAAAAACUGUGCUAGGGGAAAUGUUGGACUGUAAUAGGGUGGUCACAGCUGCUUUGGAGAAAGAUGAGAGACUGCCUGAACUGCCACACUUAUUCACUUACCAUAGUAUUUGGGCACACACAUCUUACCACUCAAAAGGCUUUGUCCUUGAGUUGCUCAUGCACUUGUACCUUUCUGACUUCCUGAGAGCUGGAUUCUGCAUGAUGAAGGCAAUGAUCAUAACAUUUUUCCUUCUCAUUGUUUCUAAUUAACUUUUUAAAAGCUUGCAUCUUUGUGAAAGCUAACUGAAGAUACAGAUUGCAAGGAUAAAUGAAACACAGGUUUGGGGACAAGGACUCAUCAAUGGUGGUGACUUUAGGAAGUGAUGCCCACUGUUUUUAUUGCCAUUAGUCAGAAUUUAUUAAUUUCCUUUGGGGAUCACUCUAGGGAACAUUGUAGGGAAAAUGUCUUCAAGGAAAGAUAGGACCAUAAGUGUUGGUGGAGUGUAAGGAGCAGGUGGAUUUGACAAUUUCAGGGGAGGAAGCACAGAGUCCCUUCCCAAGGAACACAGGUCAUUUCUGUGUACUUUCCCCUCUACCCUUUAAGAUCAAUCCUCCCUAUACUGCUAACUCUAGGAUUUGAUAAGGGCCACAUCCCAGUGUUUCUCUUAGCUUGCAUAAGAGCAUGUAUAUGUACAGUAAAAUGUGUAUUCCUGUGGUUUUUCCAAUAGCAGAAACUGAAUUCACACAGAAUUAGCAUGUUCUUGGGUGAUGUUGAUUGUGUGACAGAACUACAGACACACUCCAAUUGAAAAAUGUUUUUUUUUCAUUCUUUAUGAUGAAAAAAUUUAAACACUAAUGCUUUAAUGUGCACUCUUGUAAGAUCUGUCUUUGUACAGAACUACACACUUGUUUAUAUUUAUCAGUCAAUUGUGGGAGAUAACCGAUUGUCCUGUUCUCAGCCUGACCGUCUCUUUGGGCUAGUAACAAGGAAUUAAUAAGCCUAUAGGAAUGUAUUUUCAUCCUGUCAGCCUACAGAUAUAAAUGGUUAAAAUAAGAGUUGACCCAAUGUAAGCCCAGUAGUGUCAGUUCUCCUUAUCUCAGCCCAAAUAAGAAUUAAGAAAUAUCUCAAAUGUUGGUGCUUAUCCAAGUACUUGGGGGUGUGAGUGGAAGAAAAUUGAUGCCCAGGAAAUGGGACUGACGGAAAUUUUUGUUUAGCGUGUCUCAAGUUAUUUCUACUGUGCUUUAUUAUGAAAGUUGUAACAUUUGAAAACGACUUUUGCCAUAGCUCUUUGGGACUUGGUGUUAAAGAGCUCAUGGUCUCUAGGGUCGGGUACUGUAGUGAAUUAUGAUCCACAGCUGUGUGGGACUGCAUCACUUGCAAAUGACACAACCUCGAAAGUAACAAAAUGAAAAACCACUCCACCAAGGAGCUUUCUUUCUGUUGCCACUCCUAUUUAAAUGUAAACUCGGGCAAGAAGCAUGUUUUUCGUUCGAUACAAAAUCUAGCCGACUGUGGGUAUUCAUAUUUUAAUUGUUGAAUGACUUACAUGUUCUUAAUGACUAAACUCGAAUAUGUCUUUACCAUAUCAGUGUUGCUGAUGGUUUUAAUGAAUAUCAAAGUUCUCCUGUUUCUGUGAGCCAUUAGGGCAUCAGUUUUGGAGUGGCCAUAGAAGACAGCAUCUUCUUGACCUAAUUGUAUUUCACUCCCUUUUUCUUCCCUUCUCUCCUGCCCCAACCUGAAACUGUGCCUGUUGCUGCUUUUGGCUUCUAAGUAGCCCGGCCAUCUCUCCAAACAUGUACACUCCAGCUGGGAAGUUAAAAGGGCAAGGGCCAGACCAGCUCUUUCUCCUCUUUUUCUACCAAUUGCUGCCCAUAUGUUGAACUUUGUGUAGAAGUUAUGCAUCAGACUCUCUUUGCAUGCCUUCUGCUCCCAAGACUCUGGCUGCUUCUGCACAUACCCUGAACACUUUGUGCCUGUUUUCUAUGGUUGUGGAGAGUGAAUGAACAAGUAAGUACGUAGAACAGUUUUCCUUAUGGUAUUGGUCAGUUAUCCUAGUGUCUAUAUCUGUAUUAUUCUAACAAUAUUCUAUAAUUAAAAGUAUAAUUUUUAAAAUAAAAAAACCUGAGAAUUAUUUUAGUAAUCCAGCACGGAUUCACAAAAUGGGUUUUUAUUGGAUUCAUUAAAAUUGGGCACAAUCA